CGAUACUCUACGCGUUGCCUCGGCCCUUGCAGCAUGCCAUGCCCGUGCCACACCGUGACUUGGGCCCACUCUUGGGCAAACACGGCUUCGGCGAAGUCAAGAAGAUUGGAGAAGGUUCCUUCGGGAAGGCGCUGCUGGUGCAGGCGGAGGACGGCGCCAAGCUGGUGUGCAAGGCCGUGGAUGUGAGCGCCGCCAGCUCCAAGGAGACCCAGGAUGCUAUCAAGGAGAGCAGGCUUUUGGCGGCCUUGAAGCAUCCCUACAUUGUACGAUAUCGACACAGCUUUCACGAGCAAGGGUGGCUUUGCAUCUUUAUGGACUACUGCGAGGGCGGGGACCUCUCGAAGAUCAUUGAGUCAGCCAAGAGGAGGAGCCAGCGGCUUCCAGAAGAACAAGUGCUACGCUGGAUCACUCAAGCUCUGCUGGCCUUGAAAUACAUUCACGAGAAGCAUGUCCUUCACCGGGAUUUGAAGUCGGGGAACUUUUUCAUCUCCAGCAGCGGCAAUCUGAAGAUGGGCGACUUCGGAAUUGCCAAAGUGCUCUCCAGCACUCUUGCAUGUGCCAGGACUCAGAUUGGAACCCCCUACUACCUGAGCCCGGAGGUUUGCCAGGAGAAGCCCUACGCGUGGCCAUCUGACAUUUGGGCCAUGGGCUGCAUCCUCUACGAGCUGUGUGCGCUCAAGGUUCCAUUCGAUGCACCAAAUAUUUCAACGCUGGUGCAGAGGAUUUGCCGGGGGCCGACGCCUGCGCUGCCGUCCAGCUACUCGGACUUCCUGCGGCAGCUGAACACGGAGAUGCUGAGCAGGAAUCCUGCACAUCGCCCCAGUGCUGAGACGAUUUUGCAGCGUCCUCCCAUGCAAGCCAUGGUGAAACACAUGUUGGAGGAGGCGCAAGCAGCUCAGGAAGGCCGCGACCGCAUGAGCAGCGGCCACAAGACGCAUGACACGCCUCUGCCGCCCCCGCCGCCACCGGCGCCGGCACCUGGAGUAUCUGGGCCUUAUGCAGACUUUGCCGGGACAUACCGGAAGGGUGACUUUAUCGAGUACCAUUCGAGCACCCACAAGGAGUGGCUUCCAGCCCAAAUCAUCGAUGCUGAUCAAGAAGGUCGGAUCGUGAUUGAUCUGAAGCCCGGCACCUGGAUCGCGCGGGCGGCGCAGGCCAUGCAGGUUCGGCCCCGGAGGACUUCGCCGCCUGUACCCGCGCCCGCCGUCGCACCAAUGCGUCAGCGCAGCCCGCGGCGGCAGCGAAGUCCGUCGGUAGGACGACCAGCCCGCGAAUUCGCAAUCCUGCGGGAGCCUUCACCGUGGCACCGGCCAGGCGGAAGCCGUGAGCCAUCGCCACGUCGGCAUCGGGAGCCAUCACCACUGGCAGGCGGAAGCCCCCAUCCGGAGCCAUCGGCACCCUUUGGGAGGCCCAGCAGAUCAGUCAAUGCGGCAGGUGCUGUCAUCGCCGGGCUUUGAAGCACCCGGCCCUAGAUCCCCUCAAGGCUCAGGCCUCCCCUUAUAUAAGUCAGAGGCAAAGGCGGCAAGAGAGAGG